AUGCUGCAAAGGAAUGAGGCCAUGAUCACCAAUAUUCGUCUGGCGAAUCAAAAUAACAUGGUACCCCGUGACCGAGACGAGUACACUCCACUCCAGAAAACUGCAAGCGGACACGGCCGUAGCCUAGCAAUACAAGCGUCCCGGCCAGAACAUGUUGAUUUGAUCACUCCUGUUGCUGCUAUCCAAGUUGCUGAAGUAGGCACUUGCCCUCCGCUAUGGAGUCCUGUUGUCGACGACUAUACAAUGAGGAACAUAUUACAUUUGAUCAUAUUCUAUAACGAUGAUUUCGGAAUCCAACCGGCUGACGACAUCGAUGAUAGAAAGUCUAAAUUCCGCCGCCGGCUGCGUUCUUAA